AGAGAUCUGAAGAAAUUCGCCGCUCUGCGACUGAACAGAGACGAAAGAGAAAGCACAGAGAAAGUACCCAGAGGUACAUUCAUUGUUGCAGUCGGACUUCAAGCUUUCUUUAAGUUCUCGAGCCCAGUUAUCUGUUAGAAUUGGUCCUAAUAUAUGUGAGCUUUAGUGUAUUGACGCGCUUUUUAUGUACGUUGUACAGCUUUAUGAGUGGGGAUAAGUUUCCUAGCCUGCUAACCUGACUCACUAGCCUAUAAAUAAACAAACAACCACGGAUUUUUCGGAAGUUUUUCGCUCUCACGAAAAAACCCAACGGAGAAACAAGCCAAAGGUGUGAUUAAAAAGCGGAAAUUAGACCCGUUUGUCCAUUAGAACCGAAGUAAAUCCUCGGCGUCGGCUUGUUGAGUUUAGCCAGUUUGCUAAUGAAAUGCUUCUCUCUGUCAAUUAGCGUUUAAUUCUGAAGUGACAAGGGAUAUCCGAACAUCCUGUCAAGAUUGUCGACAGAGAAACUUUAUUUUUAAGCAGAAAGCUUCAUCUGCGUCCUGUCUGAAUUCUGGACUGACUGCAGCAUCUCUUGUAGUUUGGUAUAGGACAGGUAGCCAGAAGCUAACUGAGGUGUCCAGGCGAGGAGAGAGAAGGUGCUGUGACACCGUUUCAGAUAUCAGGUGCCCAGAGUGUCUGAUAUUGAGGCUUCACUUCAGUUUGACCACUCACCUGAGUCAUGGAGAAGGAUGAGAAUGGUGAAAACAUGGUGGAAACGGUGAAGGACUCAGUAGUGACCUCCGCCUACAGAUAUACCAAGGAAGAGCUUAUGGAAAUCAAAGAACUGCCAAUUUCCAAUGAGAGGCCAGAAUGUCUUUCAGAGAAAUAUGACAGUGAUGGGGUCUGGGACCCUGAAAAAUGGCAUGCCUCACUAUAUCCCUCUUCAGAAAACAGCUGUCCAGCAGAAGGAUACAAGAAAGAUUAUGCAGAGGAUAGAGUUCCACUAAAACGCAGAAUUGCAGAUCCUCGGGAACGUGUAAAAGAUGAUGAUCUUGAGGUGGUUCUUAGUCCACAGCGGCGUAGUUUUGGCGGUGGUUGUCAAGUGGCACCCACCGCCCUCCCUCGCCGUCCCGUCAGCCCUCUGGAGAACAAAGAGAACGAGUCACUCCGUUUGGGGGGAGCACGUCGCAUAGGGAGCGGCCGUAUCAUUGCAUCACGUGUAUUCGAGAGGGAUGCACGAGUUGACAAGGAGAGAGAGCGAGACCGAGAGCGUGAAUAUAAGGAUAAGAGAUUUAGGAGAGACUUUGGAGACAAAAGAGUGUUCAGUGAGAGAAGAAGAAAUGAUUCCUAUGCAGAAGAGGAGCCAGAGUGGUUUUCUGGUGGACCCACUAGUCAAUCUGAGACCAUUGAGCUCAUUGGCUUUGAUGACAAGAUCUUGGAGGAUGACAAACGAAGGACCAAACGUUCCAGGAAGAAACCAGAGUCUGUGAAAGAAGUUGAAUGUAAUGGUGGGCUCUCUGAGGACCGUGAAGUAGUUCAAGAGUCAGGAGCAGAUCAGGAGGUUCCACGUGCCGAGGUUCUUCCUGAGCAAACCCCCGGAGAAUUUGACUUCAAUGAGUUCUUCAAUCUUGAAAAGACCAUGCCUGGCCUGGCUUCGAUGAUUGAAGAUGUUCUUGCUGAGGGUCCGGUCAUGGCCAGUCGUUUUAGCCGCUGGUUCUCCAGUAACAGAAGUCCAUCUGGCAGCCGCUCCAGCAGUCUACGUUCCACGCCACAUGAAGAGUUGGAGAGACUAGCAGGUCUAGAGCCUCAUACUGGAUCUCUGAAUCAGGGUACGUCUUUGUACUUCACCCCCAUCUCUUCAGUGGAACGCAAAGAGAAAGUGGACAUACUGGAGCUGUUGCAUAAAGCCAAUAUUGACCUGAAACCUCUACUGUCCAACUUGAAUGUCAACAAGGCUCACCUAAAGGAGAGCACAAACUCUGGGGUGGUGUUGUCUUUGGAGGAAGUGGAGGUGGGUCUUAAGGGACUGAAAGUGCAGCCUGAGCCGGCUCCAUCAUUACCUCAAAAGCAGCCCAGUGGAGGUGGGGGAACGCCCUUCAUGGUGGAGCACCUGGAAAAAGCUCUUACGGAAGGAACCGGGGGUGCGUCACGACCUCGAGACCCUGACAUGUCUGCAUUUAAUAAGUUAGUGAGCUCCAUGAAGGCAAGUGGAACCCUGCCCACCCACCCCAAAGCCAGCGGGAGCAAUUUACAGCAGCAGUCAGUGGAUCCUGCUCUUGUGUCCUUAUCGGAGGCACAGGUACCGGCCUCUCAGCAGAAAAACAUCUUUCAGGAAUUGUUGGUUGCCCCUCAUGGCCCGGUUCCUGCCCCUGUGCCUGGCCUUGUACACCACCGCGCUUCACCCCCACUCUUCCCACAGAGAGCCCCUAUACAGGACUUUUUCCCGGGCAUGCCUCCUGCAACAGGGUUCCCUGGUGGCCCACAAACUGUGUUGGAUCAAAUUCCAGACUUGCAUCGGGCCAGGAAUACGCCACAGAUGAGAGCUUUGCCAAUGGGAGUUGACCAGGCCAAUCUGGAAGCUUUGUUUCAGCAGGAACUGGCAGUUCUUAAUCGCCCACAGUACCAACAAGGCUACAACAAACAGGCUCACGAUAAGGCGUUUCGUAACAGACAAACCAGGAUGAACCGUUCACCUGGACCUCACCUGCCUGGCCGGACGUCACCUGGCAAUACAGUAACAAGUGUGCUGUCUCCGUCCUUCACUCCCACUUCUGUGAUCAAAAAAAUGUACGAGUCCAAAGAGAAAAGUCGAGAUGAUCCUGGAAGUAGACCAGGAAGCAAGGAGGAGACUGUGAACUCUCAUAACUCACAGGAAGAUGGGCCUCCAUCACCCAGUUCCUUUCUGGAUGAUGUGGACACCAGCGGUCCUCAGACUGGUGGGGUAAAGGCAUGCUCCACCCCUGUUCCAACUCAGAAUCGUCAUAGUAAAGACCCAGAUCGACCCAGGCCUCCUUCAACAACUGGCCACCACACUCCCACCAUGCUGUCACCAGGGCCCUCUUCUCCCUUCCCCAGACCCCAGAUGUAUCCAGUCCCUCUGCUUCCCCACGUCCCUUUGGUCAGACCUCCACCCCCGCCUUACCCCAGUGUGAUGCAGAGGAUGCUGGCUCAGGGCAUCCAGUCUCAACAGCUUGGACCCGCAUUAUUACAAACAGGCAUGUUCCCUCAAGCCGUAGACCUGUCUCAGCUUCAGAGUUUGCCCCCAGCCCUCUUAGGGCAGCCUCUGUAUCCACUUGGUCCUGCAGGGCAUCCACUUAUUGCCCCUAGAGCUGCAGGAACACACAUGCAGUUAGCAGUCAUGCAGCAACAGCUUCAACAGCAGCAGAGACCAAAUCUGCCAGUGGCUCCAUCAGGAGGCCCCCAGUCACAGAGCCACGGUCCUCAUCGGACAAACCAUUCCCAGCGAAGAGGUGGUAGCCCUCCUCUGGGUCUGGCCAAGUGGUUUGGUUCCGACGUGCUGCAACAGCCCCUCCCUUCCAUGCCGUCUACUAAAGUAAUCAGUGUUGACGAGCUCGAGUUCCGCCAGUGAUGACAUCCUGUGACCAGUCAGCAGGAGCAAAGCAAGACAUCCCUUCCCUUCCCCACUACCCUCUAGUUGGAGAGAUAUGAACUUUGAUUUCUACCAUUAUGUACAGAUGUCAGAGCUCUUGUCUAUUUUUCUGUGCUCUGUCUAAAACCCUUGCAGUUGCUGAGUUUUUUUUUUUUUUUUUUUUUUUUUUUUUUUGUUUGAGAAGGCCUGAAGUUAAGAGGAAAAAGGGAAAAGACACUUUUUUUCCUAUUGCUUUUGUCACAAAGUAGGUUCUCAUAGUUUUUGUUUUGAAUUUUCAGUUUUUGCAGUAACGUAAAUAAUGUAUAGGCCUGAAUUUGUACAGAUUAUGGGAAUAGAUUUUUCUUUUUCCACCUUGUACAUAGUUGACUUUUUUUUUUCUCUCUCUCUCUCUCUUUUUUUUUUUUUUUUUUUUUUUCUGUCUUUAUGUGGGGAAGGUUAUCCUGCUGUUGAGAAACUUGAAAGUUGCUUUUUGUCUGCACAAUGUUCCAUGUUUCCCAUCUAGGAUUGAUCUGGGCGGGAAAGGGCGCCAAUGCUGAUUACUGGCUUGUUGGAAAGGAGAUGUUCGUGUGUAGCGAUUUCUGCAUCUCUGAUCCAGAAAUGCAUGCCCUUGAAACUUUUGCUGGAAUAUUGAAGCCAGAAUGUUCUGCAAGAGGGGACACUCUUCCACCCCAAGAAGUGAAUGCUAGUUGUGCCUUUAUUUCCUUUUUGGUUUCUUUUUCUUUUCUUUUUCUUUCUUUUUUUUUUUUUUUUAAAAAAAGCAAAAAGCCCUCCCAUCCUUCCUCCAGCCAGUCUUCUUCAUCACCGUAUGAGAAGCACUGCUCUGAAUCAUUUGUUUUAGGGUGGCAGGGGUUGGCCAUUACGUAAUGUGCUAUUAAUUUAAGAAGCACAAAUAGUUAAUAAAUAUAAAAAAAAAUUAAAUAAAAAAUCAUU